CAGUGAUCUCAGCCCCUCUCAUCCUGCUGCCUCCAUUUACAGCCCAUUCAGCAGUAAGUGGAUCGAAGCAAGCCGCUCACCACCACCCAUUAGUGACAGCAGAUCUCUCCCCAGGACUUGGGGCUGACUUUUUCCCCCUCUUUCCUCUCUCUCGCUCUCUUCCUCCUCUCUUGCUUAGAGGCUCCAUUCACUCCGUGCUCGGCUGGGUCGUUGCCGCCGCCGCUCCCGCUCCUCCUCUGCUCCUUACGGGAUAUCAAAGUUGCAGCGCAGAGAGAGAGAGAGCGAGCGAGAGAGAGAGAGAGAGAGAGGAGGAGAGGGUUUGGGCUGGGAUUUUUUUUAUUUUUUUUUUGAUUUUGGGAAACAUGAGCGAGCUGGAAGACGACUUCGCCAAGCUUUUGCUGCUGAAAGAUGAGCGGAUUAAGGAGCUGGAGAAGCGCCUGUCGGAGAAGGACGAAGAGAUCCAGGAGCUGAAGAGGAAGCUGCACAAGUGUCAGUCGGUGCUGCCCGCGCCCACCACCCACAUAGGACCGCGCACCACCCGGGCGCAAGGCAUCUCCGCCGAGCCCCAGACCUAUCGGUCUUUCCACGAUCUCAGGCAGGCGUUCCGCAAAUUCACCAAAUCCGAAAGGUCAAAAGAUCUAAUAAAGGAAGCUAUCCUUGACAAUGACUUCAUGAAGAAUCUAGAACUGUCUCAGAUCCAAGAGAUUGUGGAUUGUAUGUAUCCAGUGGAAUAUGGCAAAGACAGUUGCAUCAUCAAAGAGGGAGACGUGGGGUCACUCGUAUACGUCAUGGAGGAUGGAAAGGUUGAGGUGACAAAGGAAGGUGUCAAACUGUGCACCAUGGGUCCUGGCAAGGUAUUUGGGGAACUUGCUAUUCUUUACAACUGCACCCGGACAGCCACCGUCAAAACUCUCGUAAAUGUGAAACUUUGGGCUAUCGAUCGGCAAUGUUUCCAAACAAUAAUGAUGAGAACUGGCCUCAUCAAGCAUACAGAGUAUAUGGAAUUUUUAAAAAGUGUCCCAACAUUCCAGAGCCUCCCUGAAGAAAUACUCAGUAAGCUUGCUGAUGUUCUUGAAGAGACACACUAUGAAAAUGGAGAGUACAUUAUCCGGCAAGGGGCUCGAGGGGACACGUUCUUCAUAAUCAGCAAAGGCAAGGUAAAUGUUACUCGUGAAGAUUCGCCUGGGGAAGAUCCAAUAUUUCUCCGUACUUUAGGAAAAGGAGAUUGGUUUGGAGAAAAAGCACUCCAGGGGGAAGAUGUCAGAACCGCCAACGUUAUUGCUGCUGAAGCUGUUACAUGUCUUGUCAUUGACAGAGACUCUUUCAAACAUUUGAUCGGGGGCCUGGAUGACGUUUCCAAUAAAGCAUAUGAGGAUGCUGAAGCAAAAGCAAAAUAUGAAGCCGAAGCUGCCUUCUUCGCCAACCUGAAACUGUCUGACUUCAACAUCAUUGACACCCUUGGAGUUGGAGGUUUUGGAAGAGUUGAGCUGGUCCAGUUGAAAAGCGAUGAAUGCAAAACGUUUGCCAUGAAGAUCCUAAAGAAACGGCACAUAGUGGACACAAGGCAGCAGGAACACAUACGCUCGGAGAAGCAGAUAAUGCAAGGGGCUCACUCAGAUUUUAUUGUGAGGCUAUAUAGAACAUUCAAGGACAGCAAAUAUUUAUAUAUGUUGAUGGAAGCCUGUUUAGGUGGAGAACUGUGGACAAUUCUCAGGGACAGAGGUUCAUUUGAAGAUUCUACAACCAGAUUUUAUACAGCAUGUGUGGUAGAAGCUUUUGCCUAUUUGCAUUCCAAAGGAAUCAUUUAUAGGGACCUCAAGCCAGAAAAUCUCAUUCUAGAUCAUCGAGGUUAUGCCAAACUGGUCGAUUUUGGCUUUGCAAAAAAAAUAGGAUUUGGAAAGAAAACAUGGACUUUUUGUGGAACUCCAGAGUACGUAGCCCCAGAGAUCAUCCUGAACAAAGGUCAUGACAUUUCAGCAGACUACUGGUCACUGGGAAUCUUAAUGUAUGAGCUCUUGACUGGCAGUCCUCCUUUCUCAGGCCCAGACCCCAUGAAAACAUACAACAUCAUAUUAAGGGGGAUUGACAUGAUUGAAUUUCCAAAGAAGAUUGCCAAAAAUGCUGCUAACCUAAUUAAAAAACUAUGCAGGGACAACCCAUCAGAAAGAUUAGGUAACUUGAAAAAUGGAGUCAAGGAUAUUCAAAAGCACAAGUGGUUUGAAGGCUUUAAUUGGGAAGGUUUAAGAAAAGGUACUUUGACACCUCCAAUAAUUCCAAGUGUUGCAUCUCCAACAGAUACAAGCAAUUUUGAUAGCUUCCCUGAGGACAACGAUGAACCACCUCCUGAUGACAACUCAGGAUGGGACAUAGACUUUUAAUGUAUUUCUCUUGCCUGCUUCUGCCUUGCUGAAGACAGCUUCCUGAGACAUGGCUGCCAGCAGACCUGAAGGAAUGGGGAAGGAUCAGUGCUCGGGGUCACCAUGAUGCCUUGAUUGAUGCUGCUACAGUAACUACAGUGGCAUUAGAACUUCUUGCUUAGAUGACAAUAGUGCUCUUCACAUUUUUCUGUUUGAACUUGACAUAGCAGUUGACAUGGUGGUCCUGAAGCAAAGCCUUUUUCACUGGUAAUUAAAUGUGUUUUCUAUCACUGUCAUGAACUUGCGAUGCUCCAGGUGUAAUUUUAAAGUUGAUAGAAUAAGAUGCACAUAAUUCUAGCUCCAAGAUCGUUUUCUGUAUUGCUGGUUCUGUCCUGAAAUGUUAAGUACUGUAGAGUAUUCUACACUGUAGAAUCUAUGGUAUAGAAUCCGGGGUAUGCCCAGCCUGCAAAAUGAGUGUACUGAGCCUCUUAAAGGAGGCUGGUGUAUACACCCAUGGAAGAUCGCAAAGCUAUUGGCCAAGGAGCUCAUGUCAAUGCAGUGCUAUCAGUUGUCUUUCUUUUCAAGCAGUACUCAUGACAAGAAUGAAUGUUCCCUUUGCCCAUUUUUUAUUUCUGGUGUGCUUUUCCCCUCAACUGAUAACAGAAGCACAACAGCUACACUUUCGGCUGAAUUGUUAAAACGAGUGUGGGCCCGUUGGUCCUCACAUGUGUCUGACAAGAUGGUAUAUCCAACAUUGGAUUUUUUGGUACAGCAACAUAAAAGCAUGUAGAACAUUAUUCAUAAAGUACUCAUUUUACAUAUACAUAUAUAUUAUAAUAACUAUACUAUAAAAAGAAAAACAUGCUUAUCAAAAGGUCCUAGUAAGGAAUUGACAGCACGCAGCUGGUAUAAUAAAACUGACUUUAAAAUAACAUUUACCUUUUAGAGCCCAAUGAGGGAACAUGGAGGACCCGCUGCAUACUGUUUAGGUGCUAUGUACAUUUUUCAUCUGUGAAAUAACCAAACAUUCACAAUCAUUUUUCAGGGAGGAAAAAUGUAGCAAGAAUAAUGACUGUCAACACAUACACACAUGAACAAGACAGAAACACAUGCAACACACACACUUCUGCUGCUCCUCUGCAGCACUGCCAUCUUGUUUUUCUCUUCUGCGUAUCUUUUAAUCCUCUGCGAUUUGGCUAUAUUGGAUUAGUUGUUUCAAAAGUUAGGUCUCAUUUCUCCCUGUGGAGCAUAAUAAUAGAACCCUAACUCUUAUCAGUCACUCUAAAAAAUGUGAGGUACAAUGCAGCUGAAAUGGAGCACUUCCAAAUCCCACAUGUUUCAAAGGCAGAAUCAAACACACACACUUUGGGUGAAUCAUACACCCUGCCCAUGAUAUAUCAGUGGCACUCUUAUGGACAGGAAUAGAUUCUAAAAUGAAAGCAAUGAUAGUGAUAUUGGUGAAGUUUCCAAUGGGUUUGCAUGAUAACAGCAUCUUCGUAUUUCUAAUACGCAUUCAUCUUCAUACAAAAUAUUUCAACCUUUAAAGCAGCCUUGCAUAUAUGAUUUUUAAUCAGCUCAGUAAAAAUCUCUAGCAGCAUGCAUUUCCAGAACGCCAUCACAUCUGAAAUUCUGCAGAAAAUGACCCUAACAACCCAAGCACUGACACCCUUCACUUCCUUCCAAGUAUCUCCACUGUCUCACAGCCUACUCCUUCCUUUAAUUUAAUGAAUGACUUGAAUUAGCUUCUCCAAGUCCUUUGCCCCUCUAUUCUGUCUCCCUUAUCCUCAGACCAGCCCAGCUAUUUGCUUUGUCCUUUCCAAAGUCUGGGGCAACCCCUGGUUCCACAAUUGGCUGCACAUGUGCUGUAAUCCCAUGCCAUUGUCCUGAGGAUCCCUUUGAAUUAAAUGGGGUAGACAUGGAUAGGAUUGUUCUCCUUUGAAAUCCAUAUGAUUAACUGCUCCCAUGGACUUCAGCAAACAAACAGGGCAAUCCUAUGCAUGAUUACUCAGAAGACCCAUUUUUUCUGUCAGGUUAAUUCCGAGGAAGCAUGUAUUGGACUACAGCUUCAUGUUGGGUCAAACCCAGUUUGUAGCAUAGCAUUCAGACUUUGUUCAUGGCCUAAAACAUUUCAGAAUUAUAUUAUUUAGAGAAUGAAGUACAAUGGUUGAUAUGGCAGUGUUUUUUCCCCAGUAGAGUUGUUUGUAGACUAGCUCAGUAAGAAAAAAAAAGUUCCACAAAAAUCCCAAAAUCUGGGUUUCUUACAACUUAACAGGUGUUCAGAUCAAUAUUUUCAAUUGUCCAAUUAAAGCAGGCUUUUGCUUUAAAGGGCAACCAGUGAGUUUUAAGAACAAAUAAAGAUUUAUGGCCUUCCUUGCAUUCCCCCACAUUUGAUACAAAAAUUAAUGCUGGGUACUGGUAUAUAUUAGAAUAAACAUAUAGUCCCAUUUAAAUAUCAUUCCUGAUUUUAAAAAAAUACCAAUAUAUUUGACCUUAAAAAAAGAAUGCCUACCUUUUUUGGAGACAUCUACCAGUUACAGUUACGAUGAAAUAAACCAGGAGUGUUGGUGAUCAUAUACAACAUCAAAGCCUAACGCUAGGAAAUAGCACUCUGCUUCCAAUACAUAGAAUCAGGUAUAAGAAUCCUUCUGCUGGUGACCACAGAGCAAAACGUAGCAGCCGCACCCGAGUGUUUCAGAGCUUCCAAGGCUUACACCACUGCAAUAUGACAGGUCUUCCCCAUACCUCACAAAUUCGCUUCUCUUUGCACAGCUUCUUAUGAGCUGUUUAGGGCUGCUCUGGCUAAAAGUGGCAUAAGCAAGAACUAGACAAGCUUUCUUGGACUGCAGAGGAAACUUAGAUAUGUUCCAUUUCCUAAGCACUGAGCUGCCCUGGGACUUGAGGGGUACACAUUAUUUGCUUAUUAAAAUGUAUCACUAGCUUUUCCAAAAUUGCACAGAAAAUGCAUGAAAAAUUAUACAAGCAUCACAGUUAAAAAUGAAAGUGUAGCAAGAAUAAAUACAAUAAAACUGAAGCAAGAAUAAAGCACUGAAGCUGCUUGAGCCAAAAUUAUCAGGCCACUGGUACAACAACUUCACUGAACACCAGAAAUUAUUACAAUCCACAUUUGGAAAUGAUCAUGGAACUUCUCUUAGUCAAAAUUUAGACAACCCCUGAUAGCACUAUGGGUUUUGAUGGGGAAUAUUAAAUCUUGACCUUCUCUUUAUAAACUGAUUGUGAGAGAUGCUUCCUUUCACUUUUCAAUCUAGAGAAAAUUUAGGACCUAGAUUUUUCUUGAUUAAAAUUAAAAUUAACCAAAAAUUUUACUUUGAUAUCACCCUUUACCCAAACUAUAGAACUGGAUCCUCUUUAAAUGUUGGUUAUUCCAUUUACCUUUUCUUCCUAUGUGAGGUAAGCUUUCUUACAUAUGUGAGUGCUCAAAACUUGAACAUUGCCAGACAGCACUGUCCAACAAGUGAAUAUAUCAAUAGCUUUCUAAAACAGGGAGCUUCCUCAGAUUCAGGCUUCUAAAAAGUAUAGUCACAUUUCACACUUUUUAGAUUAUAACUCAGUAAGAGAGAACACAAGCCCUGCAGGAACAGGAUUAGCUGCUCCUGGCAGUUACUUGUAGACAACAAAUCCAAAGCACUGGUAAUUCUAAACAGUUAAAUACUGUCUUAAAUUGAUACUAGGGCUAAAACAAUAUCAUAUUCUCCUAGUUACUUUGUUUCUGCAUUAAAGCUGGAAUCACUUUCACAAAGCACUUCCCAUGCCCCACCUCUAACAAAUUAUGUGCCUACUCUGAGCUAAAGUAGUACUCUUGUUCAUUUUGAGUAGUUAGCUUUUCUUGGUUCUGAACAUGAGAACAUGCUAUCUCCAGUCAAAAUCAUUUUUGCUAAUGCUAGGUCAUUCCAAAGCCCCCUGCUGGAGAAUAGUCAAACCCAAAAACUGAAAAAUAUUUAUGCAAGAAAGUUUCAAAGUGAGCUUGGUAUGAAUUAUGCUUGAUUCCUUCUGUUUGUCCUUGAGCCACACCCAAUAAUAUAUAAUUGGUGUGGUGUGCACUUAAUACAAAUUUAUUUUAUCAUAUGACACAUUUGCUUCUUUAUCAAAUGUAUUUUAAAUAACUUAAACUAGCAUAUGUAUAUUAGUAAGCCCUGCAUUUAUAAGUAAUAUAUUUUAUUUACAUAUAUAAAUAAAUAUAUAUAAUCAUGCACACACAUUCAUGUUUCAAUGUACUGUCUCAUACAACUGGUCCAUAUGGUACUCUCUCCAUGCAAAUUACCCCAACAAUGGCAUCCUAUCGUAAUUUUUCUAUCCUCAGCUGCAAGUUUCCAUGGAACCAUUGUGACCAUUAGUGGUCACAGUGGUCCUAAUCCAGGCAAUGGGCUGCUGGGGACAGGAAGCUUGCCAUAGCCACUUUAGGAAGAAUCUGCCUGGCAAAAGUAGCAUGUGGACUUGCUUAUUAUUUAUGGCCGCAGCCUUCAGAUGAACUUGCUCAUGAGUAAGACCCAUUCAUUUCUGCACAGUUUACUCCCUAAUAAUGUGUUUGGAUUAGGACUUCAGUAUCCCUUUACUAAAUGGGACAAUGGUACAUCUUUAUCAAAACAAACUUGCUGUCAUAUUUAAGACACAUUUGCUAGAACUGGGUUCUAAAGGUACCGGUAAGCUGUAGCUUAUUACAGUACUGCAUUAUCCACAAAAAUUAUUUAAUAAUAGGACCACAAGCAAAUAUUUAUGUAAAUAGAUAUUAUUUCGUGUUGAUAUUUUGUGGUACACAUAUAGAUUUUUCUUUAGAACUUCAUUAUUAUUCAUUUUCUUAUUUGUAAGGUAAUGUUUUAGAUCAACGUAGACUUGAAUUAAUGUCAUAACUGUCAGUAUUACUGAAACUUAUGUCAACUGUACUGUUGUCCAUCUGUCCCAUAGUUUAGAUCAUCAUCUAGUUAUUCGGCAUUGUUGCAAGUGCCUUAAAUUUAUGGCAUCCUAUUAAAAAAAUACAAAUUUGGUGUUAUGCUGCAUGACAAAGACAAACACACCUCAAAAUGUUGUCCUUUCUUAGCUUGCUGCGUUUUACAGUUCUUUCGGCUAACAGUUUAUAAGCCUUUAUUAUAUAAUAUUGAUGAUUACAGAAAUGAUGAAGUUGUUCUCUUAUUUCUGUUAUAAAUGUACCAGAGCUGUGUAUCUGUUAAUGAGAUACAGCGUCAUUUCUGUGAAAUGUAUAAAUGUAUGUGCAGGUCAAAUUAAUAUAUGACAUACUAUCAGUCUGUAUACAGGUAUUCCUGUUUUGCUAAGCUGUGCAAAUUUUAAAACUGUAGUGCAGUAAAAGUUCUAACAUAUCACAUUUUAUAAUAGAUUCCAUUGCAAAAAUGCUCCAAUCAGACCAAGGAUUAGCAGAUUUACUGUAAAAUUGACACCAAACAAAACACAUUGUCUUCUCAUUGUGAAACCAAUGACUGCAAAAGGAGUGAAUUUUGUUGCACCACUGAACAAAACAGGACCAGUGCUUUCUAUGGGCUGAAUCCAGACUUAGUCAUUCCCACAGCAGACCCAAUAAGAUCAAGGAGACUUCAGUUAGUCAGGUCCCAUGGUUUUCAGUGGAUCUAUGUCUGGAUCCAACCCUAUGCGUUCUUGUAUAUGCAAACCAUUUCUGAGACAAACUCUCAGUAAUACACCAAGAAAGCUAAACACUGAAAGUGUGUUUUUAGUCCUCUUCCUCUGUGAACAGUCCACUCCACAACACUGAGACCUUGAUGUUUCAGGCUUUGAUAGCAAAGCAAAAUCGAUUCAGAGUUGCCUAUUACCGUACUUAUUCCAAUGUAUGCUGUUUUUACACUGGUAGUUUUCUUUAUAAUUUUAAUGACUCUUUUUCCUUUGAUUUUCUUCUUACUACGGAUUCUACAUGAAAAAGAGGAUUUAGUUUUGUUUGUCCAAGAUAUACUUUCAUCAAAUGGUCAUUGACCACUUGCACUCUUUUGAUGUAGACUGAAAAAAAAACUUUUUACCAUAAAUUAACUGCUUUUGUUUUGCUCUGUAUUUUCCCUGCAGCUGUUAUUGCCGAGUGCCUGUUGUAUACUUUAUAGAGUUGGAAUUAAAAAACAUACUUUUGAA